AUGAAUCCCUUCUCAGAUCUGAAUACUGCUAGGUCACAACGCCGGAGGGGAGGAAACUCUCCCAGAAGAGGAGGCAUAGGAGGAAGAAGAGGAAACAGAGGUGGCCGUACUCCAGUUAGGCCAAACCCACUAAGAGGUCUUCAUUUGGUUGAUGAGGACACAGAUGAUGAAGCAGGAGAUCCUUACUUUGCAGAACCAGAAGCCCAAGCUCUCUCCUCAAGCUCCACUGAGUCAUCGUCCAACGACUCACCUCUACCAGCAUCAACUCAGGGGGAGACAUCUCAGCCUAAUAUGGCAGCAGCAGCUUCUCAACAUUCUGUCUCUGAAGAUGCUACUACACAUGUUCCAGAAGAUGCUGCUGCACAUUCUGACUCAGCCAAUGCCCCUCAGAGUGCUGCUGAGGAUGCUGCUCCCUAUCAGGAUGAGGAAAUACCCUCAGCUCCACAUCCAGAUCCUCUGGAAACUCUGGCAGAGGCAACUGUUCAAGUGGAUGCAUCACCUUCCCAAACUGAAGAAGAAGAAACAAAUGAUGAUAGCUGGGAAGUUCCCUUUGCCUCCUUCCGCAAAAACUUGCCAUCCUCAGAGUCAGACAGUGACUCUUCUAAGGACUCAUCUCAGAUGGAAGAAGAUGCUGCUCCACCUGUUGCAUCACCUGAGCCAGCAUACAUCCUAGAUGAACUUGAAGACUCAGAAGAAGAGGAAUCGUCAGAAGAAGAAGAACCAGACUUGGAUGGGAAGGAUCUGUCAACUCAUUUUGAGCUUACUCACCCCCUAGCUCAGAUCACUUAUCACCAGUCCAUGGUGGAGAUGCUACAAAAAGUUCUUUCUGAUCAAAAAGGAGGAGAACAAGCUAGUCAUGAAGUUGAAGCAGGAACUUCUCAUCCUUUGGAUGAGGGUGAAGCUGAAUGA